AUGAAUACAAAAACCAUUGCUUCCUUUUCAUCAAAACCAUUUGUUGAAAGAUCAUUUGGUCCUCUCAAUCCACUGAUUUAUACAAAAUUCUGUCGGGAUGAUCAUUUCUUGAAAGAAUAUUAUCAACCUUUACUCGAGAGUAAAUCAUCUUCUCUUCAAGAUUCAAUUCAAUGGAAUCCAUCAAAAUUCCUUCCCAAUUAUUCGAAUUUAGAAAGAUCAGGUCCAUUUCAUUUAAAAUUCAUUGAUGCUCGCUUAACAGAAUCAACAUUAGGAUUAGCAGAAGGUUGUGAUUAUAUUACUGUCUUUGUCAAUGAUAAUGUCAAUAGAAAUGUUUUGAAAAUAUUGCAUUCUCAUUUUGGUGUAAAAUGUGUUGCAUUGAGAUCUGCUGGAUACAACAAUGUAGAUAUUGCUGCAGCCACAGAAUAUGGUAUUAAGGUGUGUCGAGUUCCAGAAUAUUCACCUGGUGCUACUGCUGACUUUACCAUUGCCAUGAUUAUGGCUCUGAACAGAAAAAUUCAUCGAGCCUUUCAAAGAAUUAAGGAUGGUGAAUUUAGUUUGGAAGGAUUAAUGGGAUUUGAUAUGAAUACUAAAGUAUAUGGAGUGAUUGGAGGUAGUGGUAAAAUUGGAAAACUUGUGUGCAAAUGUUUGAGAAUGGGAUUUGGUGCUCGAGUCAUGGUCUAUGAUUCAAUUCAAGAUCCUGACUUGAUCAAAAUGGGAAUUGAAUUUGUUGAAUCGAUGGAUGAUUUGUAUGCACAAGCAGAUGUCAUUACUCUUCAUUGUCCACUCAUUAAGGGUGUCACUGAACACAUGAUUAAUGCAAAUUCCAUAAAAAAGAUGAAAAAAGGAGUCAUGAUUGUCAAUGCAGCACGAGGAGGACUGAUUGUCACUGAACAUGUCAUUGAUGGCUUAAAGAGUGGUCAAAUUGGAAGUCUAGGUCUUGAUGUCUAUGAAUUUGAACAUGAUUUGUUUUUCGAGGAUCGUCGAGAACAAAUUAUCACGGACGACACAUUCAUGAGAUUAUUGACCUUUCCCAAUGUCAUUGUGACUCCUCAUCAGGCAUUUUUCACCAAUGAAGCCAUCAAUAAUAUUGCACAGACAACUCUGGAGAGUUUGUAUAGCUUUGAAGUGAGUGGUCAUUGUUUCAUCACACCAAGUGUAUGUCUUAAUUGA